AUGUUUAUUCGUCGUUCACUGCUUAUAUUUCAUCGACGCAAACUACGUGCACUACUUUUUGCAUUCCUGUUUAUCCUGGCUUUCUUAAUAUGUUGGAGUUUGCUAACGAUUACUAUCCUAAUAGUACAGGACAAGAUUACCGAUUAUACAGAUAAUGUAUUCACGGAUAGAAAUUCGUAUUUGAGUCAAGGAAUACAAAUAGUUGUUGGCCACUACAACGGAAAUCUUGCCAAGGAUAAACUUUCUAAUUUAACUGCUGAGCAAUUGAAUGCAAAUAAUUAUUCGCCAAUUACUGGUGCUGGAGAGGAUGGUCGACCUGUUAGAUUAAGUGAAGAGGAUGAGCGUCUUUCCGAAGACACCUUUGUAAUUAAUCAGUUCAGUUUGGUAGUAAGUGAUCGAAUAGCUCUAAAUCGAUCUUUACCUGACAUUCGUAAGCAUCAAUGCCGAACCAAAACCUAUUUGCCUUCUUCGGAAUUACCUACUACCAGUGUCAUCAUUGUUUAUCACAAUGAAGCGUUUUCGACAUUGAUGCGUACCGUCAUGUCCGUUAUUCAAAGAUCACCACGUGAAAACUUGAAAGAAAUUAUUUUGGUGGAUGAUUUUAGCACAAGAACGUUUUUGAAAGUUGAAUUAGAGAAAUUCGUUGCUCAGUUGGGUACUCGUAUCAAAAUAAUUCGAGCGAAUGAACGCGUCGGUUUGAUAAGGGCCCGCCUGAUGGGUGCUAAUGAAGCAGAAGGAGAUGUGUUAACUUUUCUGGAUUCUCACUGUGAAUGUACCAAAGGAUGGAUGGAGCCACUGUUGGCACGGAUUAAAGAAAACAGAAAAGCAGUAGUUUGUCCUGUGAUUGACAUUAUCAACGAUCGAACAUUUGCAUAUCAGAAAAGUAUCGAGCUAUUUCGCGGUGGUUUCAAUUGGAAUCUACAAUUCCGGUGGUAUGCUCUACCAUCGGAAAUGAUAAAAUCACGGAGUGACGAUCCUACGAAACCGAUCAUUUCUCCAACGAUGGCUGGUGGAUUGUUUAGCAUCGAUCGGAAAUAUUUCGAAGAAAUUGGUACUUAUGAUCACGAAAUGGACAUAUGGGGUGGCGAGAAUAUUGAGAUAUCCUUGAGAAUUCUUCCUUGUUCGCAUGUGGGUCAUGUCUUUCGCCGGACUUCUCCUCACGAUUUUCCUGGUCGCAAAUCAGGAACUAUUUUGAACAGUAAUCUAUUGAGAGUGGCAGAAGUUUGGAUGGAUGAGUGGAAAUUUCAUUUUUACAGAACUGCACCGCAAGCUUAUAAAAUGCGUGAAACUGUUGAUGUAAGUGAUCGUGUAGAACUCCGAAAACGUUUGCACUGUAAAAGUUUUAAAUGGUUUCUCGAUAAUGUGUGGAAAGAUCAUUUUUUACCACAACCGGGAAGUGCUUUUGGGAGGGUAAUUCAUUCAAGAUCGCAGAUUGGAGGUAUGAAUGGGUGUUUACAUUGGACGGUGCCAUUGGGCGAGAGUAUGAGAGUAGCAGCGAUGCAUAAUUGUUCUGCACCUGACAGUUUCGAUCGUACUGAGCUUUGGUUAUUUACUGAGGAAGGACAAAUGAAAACAGACGAUCAUCUAUGCCUUAGUGCAUAUCAGCCAAUACAAGAACCACGAAAUUGGAAAAUUCAACUGAAAGAAUGUGGUCAGUAUGAAUCAGAGUACUGGGACUAUAAUUUUCACAGGAAAUCAUUCUACCAUCGUGAAAGUGGAUUAUGUUUAGAUCAGCCAUUCGAAGAUCCUAAUGAUUACCAUGCGUUACAUGUUUUGAAACCUACGCUAAGCAGAUGUACACGUGGCGAAUUGAAUCAGCAGUGGAUAUUAAAUGAAGUGCGGUGGUUGUCAAACAAUGUCGUUUCUUCGUUGAACUGA